AUGCUGGGGAUCGUGUCCGCCGGGCUAAUCCAUCGAGACAACGCCUCCAAUGGCACUAUCUACUUCUUCGACAAAGGCGGCUCCAAGAAGUUAUCUGGGCCCCCUGUUUACUUGUGGCGGACCUCUCUCAGAAAAAUCAACCCCGAUGGCUCCGACAUCACAAAUGUUCAGGAAUACGGCCCACCAGUCCAGACACCCAACGAACCGCUCGGAGCGAGAUCGUUCAGCUAUGAUCCAGUUGGAAAACAGUUUUACUUCGCGAGCAGCAGGAACGUCUUUCGCAUCGAAUUCGACGGCACGAGUCUCACAAACCUCGUAACAGACACCGAAUACCUUCAAAGCGUAGUAGUUCACAAGCAGAAAGUCUGGUACAGCACGUUCCACUCGGGGCUCAUCAAACGAAUGAAUCUAGACGGCAGUGACGUAGAGACGUUCCUGAAUGUGUCGCAAGGCCUGAACCCAAUUCAGUGGGCAUCGAGCAGCGCCAGAGGUAUCGCCAUUGACGACACCAACAAUUUCAUCUACUGGUCUAGCGAUGGCGGCGCCGACUUCGCUCUUCCGCACCGGGGCUCCAUCCGCCGCGCUCCCCUACAAGCCAAUACGACAGCCAUAGAGGUCUUGGCCCAGGACAUCAUUUACCCCCUCCAGAUGCGUCUGUCUCAGAGCGGUGCGCUGUAUUGGGGUGAGGCAAACUACACCACAGCCGCGCUGCGACGCGCGUACUUCGCACCUGAUCGUGUCCUCCAGCCAGGUGAUACUGAGAUAGAGACUCUGUUCAGUAACAAAACGCACCCUGAAUUGCUCCCAUAUCCGCUCACAGGCUUUGCGCUCAGUAGCAACGAAGAGAAGGCUUGGAUCACAGCUGUGGAUGAUUUUACUAAUAGUGGUCGCAUUAUUGAAGCGUCGCUAUCUGGGGGCGAGUCAAGAAUAGUUAUUAAUAAUACUACACUUACUGGGUUGCCAAUAGGCGUAGAGUACAUUAUCUAG